AUGAUUCGAGAACUUGGAAGUGUUCUUAUCGAAGAUGAAGCAACAAAAGUCAUUCAGUUUCGUCACCCUACUCUUGUGGAAUAUCUGCGACGGCGCUGUCUAGGCCCAGACCUCAAAGAGCCGAGUGGAAUGUAUAUCGACAUCGCCAAUGCGCACGGUCAAAUUGCAUCGUGGGGUUUCAAUAAACUUCAAGCACCGAAGGAAGGCCUCAAGUUCAAUAUAUGUGAAAUCGAGUCGUCCUUCUAUCGAAACAGAGAGAUGCCGGAUCUAGAGGCAAGAAUAUCAAAGUUCAUCAGAAUGAACGUUCGAUAUGCGAGUUUACACUGGCCGUUUCAUAUGGAGAAAACGGAUAGCAAAUGGAGAAGCAAGCUCAAGAAUGAAGUUGAACAUAUGCUUCGAGUCCCAUAUGUACUACAUUGGAUGGAGGUUCUGAGCUUGAUUGGAGGACUGCCUCGAGCUAUAGAUGGGCUCCGAGCUGUGAUGCGCAAUAGUGUUGAAAAAGAGACUAAGGGUCGCAUAAGUGAAGUGAUGCGGUUUAUGAUGGCAUUUUCAGUACCUAUUCAAGAGAGUGCUCCACAUAUCUACAUUUCGGCGCUUCCGUUCACACCUAUAGGAUCGCAUAUGCAUAUGGAGGGGUUAUCAAUGUAUAAGAACACUCUCAAAGUGACUAAAGGGCUGGAAAAGUCAUACCAGGGACUUCCAGAAGCGCUUCGGGGACAUACAAAGGAUACGGCUCGGAUCGUCUCUGGCUCACGUGAUGGCACCGUUCGACUAUGGGAUGCGGAGACGGGGCAGUUGUUGGGAGAGCCACUUCGAGGUCACACACAGACUCUGUUAGAACCGUUGCUUUCUCACCAGAUGGCUCGCGAAUUGUGCGAGUCGCUGGGAGAGCCGCUUCAAGGACACACAAACUCCGUCAUUGCCAUUGCCUUCUCACCAGACGGCUCGCAAAUCGUCUCUGGCUCACGUGAUGGCACGAUUCGACUAUGGAAUGCGGAGACGGGCCAGUUGUUGGGAGAGCCACUUCGAGGACACCCAAACUCGGUCAGCGCCGUCGCAUUCUCACCAGACGGCUCGCGAAUCGUCUCUGGCCUGUCGAUGAUAAUACGAUUCGACUAUGGAAUGCGGAGACGGGCCAGUCGUUGGGAGACCCACCUGAGGCCACACAACUGGGUCAGCGCCGUCGCAUUCUCACCAGACGGCUCGCGAAUCACGAUUCGACUAUGGAAUGCGGAGACGGGCCAGUCGUUGGGAGACCCACUCCGAGGCCACACAAACUGGACGGCUCGCGAAUCGUCUCUGGCUCGGGAUAACACGAUUCGACUAUGGAAUGCGGAGACGGGCCAGUCGUUGGGAGACCCACUCCGAGGCCACACAAACUCGGUCACCGCCGUCGCAUUCUCACCAGACGGCUCGCGAAUCGUCUCUGGCUCGGAUGAUAACACGAUUCGACUAUGGAAUGCGGAGACGGGCCAGUCGUUGGGAGACCCACUCCGAGGCCACACAGACUGGGUCAGCGCCGUCGCAUUCUCACCAGACGGCUCGCGAAUCGUCUCUGGCUCGCAUGAUAACACGAUUCGACUAUGGAAUGCGGAGACGGGCCAGUCGUUGGGAGACCCACUCCGAGGCCACACAAACUGGGUCAGGGCCGUCGGAUUCUCACCAGACGGCUCGCGAAUCGUCUCUGGCUCGAAUGAUAAGUCGAUUCGACUAUGGAAUGCGGAGACGGGCCAGUCGUUGGGAGACCCACUCCGAGGCCACACAAACUCGGUCAGGGCCGUCGCAUUCUCACCAGACAGCUCGCGAAUCGUCUCUGGCUCGUACGAUCAUACGAUUCGACUAUGGAAUGCGGAGACGGGCCAGUCGUUGGGAGACCCACUCCGAGGCCACACAAACUCGGUCAGCGCCGUCGCAUUCUCACCAGACGGCUCGCGAAUCGUCUCUGGCUCCGGCGAUCAUACCGUUCGGCUAUGGGAUGCGGAGACGGGCCAGUCGUUGGGAGGCCCACUCCGCGGCCACACAAACUUGGUCACCGCCGUCGGAUUCUCACCUGACGGCUCGCGAAUCACGGGCCAGUCGUUGGGAGACCCACUCCGAGGCCACACAAACUGGGUCACCGCCGUCGCAUUCUCACCUGACGGCUUGAGAAUUGUCUCUGGCUCAUGGGACGAGACGAUUCGACUAUGGAAUGCGGAGACGGGUCAGUCGUUGGGAGACCCGCUCCGAGGCCACACAAACUCGGUCACAGCCGUCGCAUUCUCACCAGACGGCUUGCGAAUCGUCUCUGGCUCGAGCGAUGAUACGAUUCGACUAUGGAAUGCGGAGACGGGCCAGUCGUUGGGAGGCCCACUCCGAGGCCACAGAAUCUCGGUCGCCGCCGUCGCAUUCUCACCAGACGGCUCGCGAAUCGUCUCUGGCUCGAAUGAUAGCACGAUUCGACUGUGGAAUGCGGAGACGGGCCAGUCGUUGGGAGACCCACUCCGAGGCCACACAAACUGGGUCAGGGCCGUCGGAUUCUCACCUGACGGCUCGCGAAUCGUCUCUGGCUCAUGGGAUGAGACGAUUCGACUAUGGAAUGCGGAGACGGGACAGUCGUUGGGAGACCCACUCCGAGGCCACACAGACUGGGUCAGGGCCGUCGCAUUCUCACCAGACGGCUCGCGAAUCGUCUCUGGCUCGAAUGAUAACACGAUUCGACUAUGGAAUGCAGAGAUGGUCCAUUCGCUGGGAGACCCACUCCGAGGCCACGCAGACUCGGUCACCACCGUUGCAUUCUCACCAGACAGCUUGCAAAUCGCAUCGGGUCUAGCUGACAGCACAAUUACACUGUGGAACACCGCAUUUGCCGAGUUAUCCAACCAUAAUGGUCAGUUGUGCCAGUCAAAUCAGGGUGGCCUUAUCUCGCAUCAAAAUACCCUGGCCUUAUUGAAAGUUAUGCUCUCCCAGCUCCGAACAUUUCCUCUCUCUGAUGACGGUUGGGUACAUCUCUCAGGGAAACUUCUAUUUUGGGUUCCACCAGACAAUCGGCUCUCAUUAACGUCUCCACUCCUCCUCAAAUUACCAACGUCUAGCCCUCCCUACCCGACCAAACUUGACUUCACUCAUUUCCACUGUGGUCCCUCUUGGACAAAAGUCCAAGGCAGCGUCAAUCAAUGA